GGAGCAACAGGGCUCCUCGCGCAAUGAGCCGCAAAAGGGAUAGCGUACGACAGCAUAAUCUGCAAGCCACACUUUGUCAGAUAUCUCGCGCGAUUGCUGAAUGUCAGCAUCGGCAUCCCGUAACACGAAAGAGUACGAGGUGGCUGAAAGUGCCAGAGCAUUUUAGUGUCACACUCCCGUAUAUGGAACUUGUAGCUACGCCAUGGUUAAUAUCGGAGGUCGAUCGAAAGGGUGCACAACUUGUCGAAAAAGGCGUGUCAAAUGCGAUGAAACACGACCUGUUUGCAUACGUUGCCAAAGAUGGAGCCUCCCGUGCGAUGGCCCAAAGUCCAUCACCUUCAUACACCACGGCCUUCAAAAGUGCAGAGAAACUGGCCAACCGUCCAUCAUACCCAGAGAUUCUGACACCACUGAAUAUACACAUGAGUCCAAGACACAGACAUUGAUACCCACCAUGCUAAGUAUCGGUGGCCCUGGAGUUUAUAUAUGCUAUACUCUAAAGCAUAUGAUGCGUGAUGGUCUGAUCUUCUCAGCGAUACAAGAUCUCAGAUAUGAUGACCUCAUUUCUUACGAAAACGCGGUGUCUCCUCGGCGAGUCUCUAAUCAAGCAAUCAUGAGCUUUGCAACUAUUCUUUUUGGAACCCAGCAUCAACGGGCUGAUAUCACAGGACAGGGUUUUGCCAUGCAUGGGAUAGCUCUCAAGAAUCUCAAUCAAGCAUUGUCGAAUGCUUCAUCUAGCGCAUACGACGAGAUUAUACUUGCUGUUGCCGCCUUGGCUAUCUCCGAAUGCUUGGUUCCUACUGGCCCUGAAAACUAUUUGACACAUAUGAUGGGCCUUGAGCUUUUGAUUGAGCUUCGUGGUCCCCAAAUAUUCUCACUCCGCAACUCCGGGUUUCGCAAGGGCGUAAGGUUCAUGGUUCUCUUUGCAUCGUUACAACUGAAGCGAGAAUCAAUAUUUGCACGUGUGGAGUGGAAAAACGCGAUGAGCCACGGCAUGAAAUUCGAAGAGCUGCAGGAACAAGACCUCUUCGACACGCUGGCAUGUUGCACCACACUGAUUGCGAAGUGCGACGAGAUCAAGAAGGCCAAUAAUAUCGGUGGAACACAGUUCACACUCGAUCGGGAAAAUAUUUAUACACAGGCGCGAUGCUUACAAGCCCAACUGUAUGCAUGGCGCAAGCGGUGGGAUAAAUGUGCAGAAACACGUGCUUCUGAAGUCUGUACUCAGAAAUACCCAACAAGGUCCUCUCAGGGAGAAAAUACGGAAUUGCACUCAGCGUUCAACCCCCAGACCGAUAAUCCGAUUGUCAUGAUCAUAUUGUACAAUUUGACACUCAUUCUCGUUCUGCAGAUCCUGAUUUCACUUGCUCCCGAGUCUAAACUCAACCCAAACACAUGCAGGCAUCUGAGAACUCUAGAUCACACCUGUGAGCUGGUUGAAGAGAAGGACUCCAGCGAGGAACGAACGACAGCUUUGAUCCUCUGCCAAAACAUCCAGCAUUACUUGGAUGAAAACAAGCGUUUGGAUGCAAGCGCUCCACCAAUUGUUCAUUGGGCGCUUCUCACUGCGUGGAAGAGGCUUCGGUACGAUGUUUCCGAUGAAGGACAGUGGAUGAGAGAACUACUAAGCACCAAAGGGCGACAGGUAGUGGCCAGAGGAUUAUGGGCAACCUACAAAUGGCUGUGUCAAAUAGCCGAGUAGCCGAGUGAUGACAGGUUUAUUAAUAUGAUCAUCGUGACGAUGAAAACAUGAUAUUAUUUAUGUUUUAAUAAUGAAAUAUUAAGCUUGAUAGUAAUAUCUAGCGUAAAGGCGGGG